UGUGUUUACUUACCUCCCCUUAAGGAACGCGUGUCUCGCAUCUUGCAAAACAGCAAAAUGAAACUCCUGACACAUAAUAUUCUUACAUCCAAUAUCAUAAAAGGUGUGACUCGAGGAUUUCCUCUCAAGAUAAAAUCUAGUCGUCUAGAAGUAAAAGAAGUCGACUUCAAUCCUGACUUCAUAUUGCGAAUCCUCCCAAAGCUUGACUGGUCUGCACUUCGACAGGCUGCUACUGAAGUUGGUUAUGGUAAUGGGCUACCAGAAGAAUUACCUUCCAGCCUAGAAGGAGAUGACAGUCUGCAGAAAACCAUACAUAACAUUCUUCUUCAGGUUGAAAUAGUGGAAGGGGAACUGGAAUGCCCUGAGACAGGGCGAAAGUUUCCAAUCCAGAAUGGGAUUCCCAACAUGUUGUUGAAUGAGGAUGAAGUCAGCUAAACUGGACCUUUGUGACUAACCAGCUUUAGAAGGAAUGAAUAAGAUUAAUGAAAGACUAUACUAGUUUGUAUGUUCAUGGUGUGUCUAGUGAACCUGAUGUGGAAUGUUGAUGGGGCUUGUAUUUGCAUGGAUUCUCAGAUAUUACAUCUAGGAAAGUAUGCAUACAUAUGCAAAUGUCAUAAACACAUUCUACCAUUUAUGCAUGUACAAGAAAGAUUGAUUUCAGCAAUGCUAAGUUUAAAAAUGUUUUCGUUCUUAAGUUUGGUCAUAAUAAAGCAAGUUGUUGUUUGAAA